UUAACUGCCUUCUUUCUCGUGUUUCUUUCUUUGACGGAGCGCACAGCGCAGAGUUCCCAUGUCCUGGGAGACAAACAUUCUUGGCUCAGCCAUGAAUAACUGUGUGCUCCUGCAGGAACUGCUGAUCAAGAAAUCCCAGCAGAAGAGAAGGACUUCACCCUCCAACUUUAAAGUGCGCUUCUUUGUCCUGACCAAAUCCAAGCUGGCUUACUACGAACAUCGCCAUGGGAAAAAAAGGACUUUGAAGGGUUCAGUGGAACUUUCCAGGAUUAAAUGUGUGGAAAUUGUGAGAAGUGACAUCAUCAUUCCCUGUCAGUACAAAUACCCCUUCCAGAUUGUUCAUGACAGCUACAUCCUCUACGUGUUUGCCCCCAACCGCGAGAGCCGGCAGAGAUGGGUCCUGACGCUGAAGGAAGAAAUCAGAUACAACAACAGUUUGGCUUCAAAGUGUCAUCCAGACUUUUGGCUGGAUGGCAAGUGGAGAUGCUGUGCUCAGACUGAGAAGAUGGCAGCUGGCUGUGUGGUAUAUGACCCCACCAAAAAUGCCUCAAAGAAGCCUCUCCCUCCCACUCCUGAAGAUAACUGGAAAUUGUUGCUGGACCCAAGGGAAGCAGUGGUCAUAGCCAUAUAUGACUAUGAAGCCCAGAACCCACAGGAGUUGACAUUACAGUAUAAUGAGGAAUAUUAUGUGAUUGACAGCUCUGAGGAACAUUGGUGGCUGAUUCAAGAUAAGAAUGGCCAUGAAGGCUACGUGCCAAGCAGCUACCUGGUGGAAAAAUCACCUGAGAAUCUGCAAGUUUAUGAGUGGUACAAUAAGAACAUCAGCAGAAGCAAGGCAGAAACACUGCUCAGGGAUGAGGGGAGAGAAGGGGCCUUCAUGGUGAGAGAUUCGAGGCAGCCUGGCAUGUACACAGUCUCUGUUUUCACCAAAGCAUUGAGCACGGACAACAAUCCUGUCAUAAAGCAUUACCACAUCAACGAGACAACUGACUUUCCCAGGAGAUACUACCUGGCAGAAAAGCACGUGUUUGACUCCAUCCCUGACCUCAUCAACUACCACCAGCACAAUGCAGCAGGUCUCGUGACGCGGCUGCGAUACGCGGUCUCCUCCUGGAGGAAACAGGCCCCCAUCACCGCGGGGCUCAGCUACGGAAAAUUGGUCAUUAAUGCCUCUGAGCUGACCCGUGUGCAGGAGAUUGGCAGUGGUCAGUUUGGGGUGGUCUACCUCGGCUACUUGCUGGACAAGACCAAAGUAGCCAUAAAGACCAUCCGAGAAGGAGAAAUGUCUGAGGAGGAUUUCAUCGAGGAAGCCAAAGUCUUGAUGAAGCUGUCUCACCCCAAGCUAGUCCAGCUUUAUGGUGUGUGCUUUGAGGAUGCUCCCAUCUGCCUGGUGUUCGAGUUCAUGGAGAACGGCUGCUUGUCCGACUACCUCAGGAGCCAGCGGGGCAGCUUCUCCAAGGAAACCCUGCUGGGCAUGUGCCUGGAUGUGUGUGAAGGAAUGGCUUAUCUGGAACAAAACUCUGUCAUCCACAGAGACCUGGCUGCCAGGAACUGCCUGGUGGGGGAAUCCCACGUGGUCAAAGUGUCUGACUUUGGGAUGUCGAGGAUUGUCCUGGAUGAUCAGUACACCAGCUCCACAGGCACCAAGUUUCCAGUCAAGUGGUCUGCUCCAGAGGUUUUCUCCUACAGCAACUACAGCACCAAAUCUGACGUUUGGUCAUUUGGAGUGCUGAUGUGGGAGGUCUUCAGUGAGGGCAAAAUCCCCUAUGAGAAUCGCACCAAUGCAGAAGUGGUGGAAGAAAUCAACGCAGGAUUUCGGCUCUACAAACCCAAGCUGGCCUCCAAGGCAAUUUAUGAGGUGAUGAGCAACUGCUGGAGGAUGGGGAAAGAUGAGCGGCCAUCCUUUUCUCUUCUGCUGUUUCAGCUGAGUGAAAUCUCUGAGUUUGAAGUGUAAUCAUGGCACUGCAUGCUCAGCACAGCCAAGAGAGUCCUGAGAAGAGAGAAGGCUGGAUUUUCCCCAACAAAGCAUUAACAGGAAUCCUCUCACCAUAAACACUUGCCAUAUGCCUGGGGAGAAGGAGAGGGCAGAGGCUGGUACUUCCAGACAGACAAGAUAUCCCCAGGCCUUCCAGAGCCUAGACAGACACAGGCUUUGGUUUGGCCAAGAGUGUGGUUUGCAUCUUAAAACCAGAAGUGACUAUUGAGCAUGGAUCCUGAACCACACAGUCCAGCUAGGGUGUUUCUCCCGAAGAGACAGCCUCAAAAUUUAGAGAUCUGACAUUGCUGUUCUAUUUCUGUGAACUCCCAAAUGAAGGUCUUCCGUGAAGGGAGAUUAAAAAAAAGCUUUCUUUAACUGAGGAGGAAUGUUUAGAUGUUUCCCUGGCUCUCUAAUUCAGAGUGGGCUGGACCUGAAAGCUCUAAACAGGAAUAAGCCUGGGAGACACAGAAGCAGGCUGGAUUCAGUGACUGCAUUUCUGAUGCUGGUAUUUCAAGGUGGUUUUGUUUUCCCUUUGCAUGAUUUUCCCUGCAACUGUGGCAUAACAGGAACAGGAUUUGGAUACCUGGUAAGCUGAAGUGGUGUCUGUGUGUGCAUGCAAGUUUGUGAGGGAGGAAGAGAAAAAGAAAUGUUUCUGCUGAAGAGUCUUGAAAUUCUCCCAAAGUGCAUUCUACAGUGAGUGGGAAAAUGGGACUCUGAUGCAAAUGAAGACAUUCUUGGAGGAAGAAGUCAAAGCUGAAUAUUUAUAUUGAUUUUUUUCUUCAGUCUCUCUACAUCAGAAGAUUAAUGUGUGACCUCCACCCAAAUUCUUUGUUCAAAGUAUGGAGGAGUGAGCAGUGCAGAGUGUUAUGUGUUCCCAGUCCAGAAUAAGACAGAGUCCCAGGAUCUGAUUACCUGUGAAAGGUACAGGAACCUACCCCUGAACUGGUGUGUUGGGCAGGAGGGAGCCAGAGGGCUCAGGAGGGAGCCAGGAGGAGAAAACAUGCAGAGUAAGUGCUCAGUGAUCAUGCGAACUUUAAAAAGCAACAGAAUCACCACAAGUAAAGACUUCUCCAUCUUUUCUGUGAACAAAGGCACUGACCAAAAAAAAAAGUCCAGACUGAAUGGUGUGCCUGGGUUCUUCCUCCUCAAGGAGUUCCACAUUUUGUGGUGACAGCAGGAGGUAUAAACAAAAUCCAUCUCCUGGUAUUUCCCUUAAAAUCUGUGGUUUCACUGCAAGACAGAGACACUGUUUUGACAUAACUGACUUCAAACCCAAAGUGUGGGUGUUGGUGUCCUGCAGAAUUUGUAAAUAAGAUCAGGACUUUUUGCUAAGCAUUAACAGUCACUAGGGAAAUCAAGAGGGCUCACAGAUGAUAUGUGCAGACAUGCAAUAUGUAUUUUUGAUGCUUCUCUGUUUGGGCAGGUGAGAACACGAGGAAACCUUACAUGACAGCAGCUUGCAAAAACUCUGAAAUGCAAACUUCCAGCAGCAACCUCCUGUCUUUACACAAGUCAGGUUCAAAUAUGUUUGCCAACAAAAAUGGAAAAAGGAAAUAAUGUAAUCCCAUGAUCUCACAUAUCCUGUGUCAAAUUAUUUCUUCAUAGAAGGAGGCUUAAUUUUUGGUAUUUUUCAAGCUCUUUGUUCUAGGGUGGCUUUUAGGAGCCAGAAUAUCUUUUCAGGCAUGUGGAAAUGGGCAAGGCAUCAGUUCCUGCCUUACACAUCUCCUCACACUGUGACAGGGGUGUCUACAGGCUCACAAAGUUCAGCUCACUGCCCUCACCAUCCUUGAAGGACCCAGGGGUCUGCUGAGCAUGAGGACAUUGCUAUUAAGGAACAGCAAUAUUGCUCUGCUAGGUGACAUUUCUGAGGUUGUAUUUAUAUUUGGAUGUGUAAUAUUUAUUAGCUAGAGUGGGUUGCACAAAAUAUUAUUGUGAUGGUUUAUGUUCAGUUUUAUUUUGCAGUCUUUCUAUGCACACAAUGUGGACUUUUACAAACAAUAAAAUUGCUGAGUUCCAA